UAGGAAGUCAGGACAGCCACGUCACAUUGGAGUUGAAAUAAAAGCCCAAGCACCCAGUGGAAGGCAGAGAAGUGACAAACCACUCCAACUUACACUGAGGGGAAAAAACAGAUAAGGUGACACCCUGGACAUGGCCUCAGACAUCCAGAUGCCAGGCCCGGUGUGCCUCAUUGAGAACACUAACACGCAACUAGUGGUUAAUCCAGAAGCUUUGAAGAUCCUGUCUGCCAUUACACAGCCUGUUGUGGUGGUGGCCAUUGUGGGUCUCUACCGCACAGGCAAAUCCUACCUGAUGAACAAGCUGGCUGGGAAGAAAAAAGGCUUCUCUCUUGGUUCCACUGUUCGGUCUCACACCAAAGGCAUCUGGAUGUGGUGUGUGCCUCACCCUAAGAAACCAAAGUACACCUUAGUUCUGCUUGACACUGAAGGGCUAGGAGAUGUAGAGAAGGGUGACAACCAAAAUGACUCCUGGAUCUUUGCCCUGGCAAUACUGCUGAGCAGCACCUUUGUGUACAAUAGCAUGGGGACCAUAAACCAGCAGGCCAUGGAUCAACUGCACUAUGUGACAGAGCUGACAGAUAAAAUCAGGGCAAAAUCUUCACCUGAUGCAAAUGAGGUUGAGGAUUCAGCUGACUUUGUGAGAUUCUUUCCAGAUUUUGUGUGGACACUGAGGGAUUUUUCCCUAAAAUUGGAAUUAGAUGGGCAACGCAUUUCACCAGAUGAGUACCUGGAAAAUUCACUCAAACUCAAGCAAGGUACCAGUCAUAAAGAUAAAAAUUUUAACCAGCCCCGGCAUUGUAUCCGAAAUUUCUUCCCAAAGAAGAAAUGCUUUACCUUUUCUCCGCCCACUCAUUGGAAGAAGCUAGACCAACUUGAAACAAUGCAAGAUGAUGAGCUGGAACCCGAAUUUAUGGAAGAAGCUGCUGACUUCUGUUCCUACAUCUUUAGCAAUUCCAAAGUCAAAACUCUUUCAGGAGGCAUCCAGGUCAAUGGACCCAGGCUGGAGACUCUGGUAGUGACCUAUAUCAAUACCAUCAGCAGUGGGGACCUGCCCUGCAUGGAGAACGCCAUCCUGGCUUUGGCCCAAAUAGAGAACUCGGCUGCAGUGAAAAAGGCCAUGGCCCACUAUGACCAGCAGAUGGCUGAGAAGGUUGAACUGCCCACAGAAACCCUCCAAGAGCUCCUGGACCUGCACAUGGCCAGUGAGAAAGAGGCCAUUGAAGUCUUCAUGAAGAAUUCCUUCAAGGAUGUAGACCAUUUAUUUCAAAAUGAAUUAGCGGCCCAGCUAGAAAAAAGGCGAAAUGACUUUUGUAAAGAGAAUAUGAAAGCAUCAUCGGAUCGCUGCUCAGCUUUACUUAAGGAUAUCUUCCAUUCUUUAGAAGGACAUAUAAAGGAGGGGGUUUAUUCUAAACCAGGAGGAUAUCAUCUCUUAAUGCAGACUAUGAAUGCGCUGAAGAUAAAGUAUCUUCAGGAACCCAGGAAGGGAAUACAGAGUGAAGAAGUUCUUCAGACAUACCUGAGGUCAAAGGAGUCUGUGAUUGAUGCAAUUCUACAGACAGACCAGACUCUCACAGAAAAGGACAAGGAGAUUGAAGUGCAACGUGUGAAAGCUGAAUCUGCAGAGGCUGCAGCAAAAAUGCUGGAGGAAAUGCAAAAGAAGAAUCAGCAGAUGAUGGAGGAGAAAGAAAAGAGUUAUCAGGAACACCUGAAACAAUUGACUGAGAAGAUGGAGCAAGAGAGGGCCCAAUUAAUGGCAGAGCAUGAGAGGGUUCUGGCUCUUAAACUUCAGGAAAAGGAAAAGUUAGAAAAGGAAGGACACCAAAUUGAGAGCAGAAAAAUUCAGAGAGAAAUUGAGAAUCUCAAGGAGGAGAUGGCAGGACUCAAGGAGCGUUGUACAUUAAUCUAAAGACCUAAGGCAAAGAGCUUCCCUGGUCACGCUACCCAAGGCACAACUCAAGCAGAAUCUGGAAAAAUACCACAACUUGAGAUAAAGAGAGCUUCUUUAAGCUUUUAAAAGAAAUCUACGAAAAACCCUUCACCUAACAUACUUAAUGAUAAAAAAUGGAAAGCUUUGCCCCUAACACAGGAAUAAAGCAAGAUGUGAAGUCUCCCCACUCCUGUUAAACAGUAUAAUGAAAGGCUUCCUACAAUAUGGCAAAAGAAAGGAAGAAAGAAAGAAAAAAAGAAAGAAAGAAAGAAAGAAAGAAAGAAAGAAAGAAAGAAAGAAAGAAAGGAAGAAAGAAAGUUGCCUUUAUUCUCACACACUUUGAUUAUCCACAUAGAAAAAUCCCAGGGAAUCUGCAACAAAAACAAAAAACAGCAACAACAAAAACUCUUGGGACAAAUAUGUGAGUUUAACAAGGCUGUAAGAUUCAAGGUCAAUUCAGAAAAAUCCACCUUCAACUGUAUUUUCAUAUAAAAGCAAUGGACUAUUGCAAACCAAAAAUUACAAAACAAUACCACUUACAAUAGCUUUUUUUUUUUUUUAAAAGUAAUACUUCUGUAGAAAUAUAACUAAACAUGCACACAAUCUUCUAUGCUGAAAAACAUUCUAAGACCAAGAGAUUAUGGGAUCAAUCAUGAUGUAUGAAUUUCCUUAGAUUCCAACCCCCCUGUUGUUUUUGUGAUGUUCCUUUUACUCAUUGUAGAGAAGAAGGUUCAAGACCCUUAUUAUUAGAGCUAUCCCUGACAAAA